CUGCCCUCUCCUACCCAACAACGAAAACUGCCCUACGUGACGAACAUCUUCUCCUCCUUCAUUCUUCUUUCUCCCUCUUCUUUCUCUCUUUCUGCACGUCACGACAACAACAGAGCCACCACCGAUUCACUCCCGUGAAACGAUAGACACAACUCGGAAGCUUGAGCCUCCUGUUGAUCGAUCCCGUCCGCGCGAGUCCCUUCUUUCGUUCUAGACUUGCGACACCUGGCAACAACAACAACGACAACAACUUCAACCGCUUCAACUUCGACUCGACGACCUUGAGCUUUGCUCGCUUUCAAUCCAGCUUCACCAGCACCCGCAACAGCUACCGAUAACCCCUACUUCACCACCGCUCGACACCAUGUCGCAGAUCAGAGGAACUGCAGGCUACCACCUGGGCCCUGACAACAGGCCGUUCGGUGGUCCCUCCAUGAACUCCGCUACCUCAGACCCUUCUCCGCUUGACGCCAUUCGAGCGCAGACCAGCAAGAUCGAGGACCUCCUCGACACCUUCGCUGACCCCGUCAAGCCAUACCUCCCUAUGAUAGGACGUUUCCUGAUCGUGGUAACCUUCCUCGAAGACGCGUUGCGGAUAAUCACGCAAUGGAGUGACCAGCUAUCCUACCUCCACGACUACCGGCACAUUCCGACUGGAAUAACACACCUUUUCCUUGGGCUGAACGUGAUCUUCAUGCUGGCUGGCUCCGCACUGGUCAUCGCACGCAAGCACUCAGAGUACGCCGUCGGAGGACUCCUCGGAGUCGUGGUCACGCAGGCGUUCGGUUAUGGUCUCAUCUUCGAUCUCAACUUCUUCCUCCGCAACCUGUCGGUCGUCGGAGGACUGUUGAUGGUGCUCUCGGACUCGUUCCACCGCAAGAAGUUCGCCUUUGCCGGACUCCCGCAGAUCGACGAGAAGGACCGCAAGGUCUACUUCCAGCUCGCCGGCCGUGUCCUCCUCGUCUUCCUGUUCAUCGGCUUCGUGUUCUCGGGCGAAUGGACCAUCAGCAGGAUUCUCGUCAGCUUGGUCGGACUCGUGGCCUGCGUGAUGGUUGUUGUCGGCUUCAAGGCUAAGUGGAGUGCCGUCAUGUUGGUGGUCAUUCUGAGCAUCUUUAAUGUUCUGAUCAACAACUUCUGGACUCUUCACCCCCACCACCCCCAGAGGGACUUUGCCAAGUACGAUUUUUUCCAGAUCCUGUCGAUUGUCGGUGGUCUGGUCCUCCUGGUCAACAUGGGCCCCGGCUCCCUCUCGGUGGACGAGAAGAAGAAGGUCUACUAAACUCUCUGUAUGCAGAUGUUGUAAAAGGGAUAGGGAGAUGGGGGGGUGGAUGUGAGCGUGGAGGAAAGUGGAGGAAAG